AUGAUGGAAGUAGCGCAGAAAUGCUUAAAUCUCUUGGCUCGUCUGGGAUUCGUGGGAUCACUGCCGCAUGUUAUGUACAAGGUUUUGGAGCGGAUUAUCAUAGACCGACUUAUUAAGCAUCGCGAAGAAAGAAAGCGGCACGAGCAACCCGACUUUCGUCUUGGUCAAUAUGCGAUUGACCAAGUUUUCAUCGUCAAGAAAUUGAUCGAAAUCUGGUCGCGGUAUCCAAGGUCAUUAGCUUUUCCAAACUUCGAAUCUGCUCUCGAGUCUUCUCUUCUAAACGUGCUUUGCGCCGAUAGAGUACCAGGAAAGUUCGUUCGCCUACUUGAUGACAUGAACCGACGAAUAACUGAUACAGUUCAAACGCCGGCAAGGUGCACCGUCGCAUGA